AAUGCCCGUGUUGUACACACACAGUAGCGAUACGGAGCUGAGCAGACAUGGAGGCCCGAUUAACGAGAGAGGCCCGCGCUGACACAUCCAGGCCCAGCUAACGGAGAGUCGUUGUGGAUCUCAGAGCACCUCUGGAGAUAUUACCGUCACCAGUCGCUCAGUUGGAAGCAAAAUCAUCAUAAUAAUAAUAAUAAAAUGUGGCCACCACGUUGAUGCGUACAUGAGGACAGGACACAGAGCCAAAUGAUGUGAACGCCGUUUCUGGACAAUUUUUCAGAGUUGAAGGUCGGAGAAAGAGGGCUGGACGGCCAAGAAGGGAGAGAAGCCACUUCAAAAGAAGGAGACCUUCCCCCUCACUGUUGUCCCCAUCCCCUAUUCCCCUCUUCAUUCCUAUCCCAUUCCCAUCAAAGAAAUCUACUUGAUAUACCCAACAAUCAUCCACACCCCCUAAAGAUCUGAUGGAUCAGAAGGUUCAGGGGCAAACUGCAACACCACCCCCACUUCUCUCUGCUGCUGUCUCAGCGGAGCGAGAGAAGGAGGGAGGAGGUGGAAAAAAGGAAGAAGAGAAUGAAAAGAAGCAAGAGAGGGAGAAAGAGGGAACUGCUGCCGGUCCUCCUGGCACAGGUGGACCAGGAGACCCCGGAGGGGACCAGUCCCUUUUCUCCAUCACGGAGAGCAGCUUGUCCGAGGGAAACGUCAAGCUUAAGAUUGGGCUGCAGGCAAAACGCAUGAAGAAGCCCCCGAAGAGCUUGGAGAACUACGUGUGCCGACCCGCCUUCCGGGCCACCGUGAGGCACACGAGUCGUGGAGGAAGCAGCGUCCGUGGAAACCGGGCGGUGGCCGCCGGCGAUGGCGCUAGUGGUCAGAACCAAAGCCCUUCAAAGAGCCAAGGGAAGGAGAGGGAAAAGAGUCCAAGUUUGAAAAAAACACCAGCUACAUCAUCUUCACUAGCCCCCUCUGGUAAAGCUAUUACUCCGUCUUCUCCGGCUGCUCCUCCUGGUAUCACAAAGACUCCAUCGCCCUCCCAAGUAAAUGGCGGGAGUGCACCAGCUAAAAAGGGUCCAUCAAAGGUAGACUGCAAGGCCGAUUCAAAGUCGGAUACAAAGUCAGUUACUACCACAUCAGAAAGACCCCUCAACCUUCACCGACCGCCGCCAGACAAUAAAACUCAUUCCUCUGGGAAGAAAACACCGACUCCACAACCCAACUCAAGGACAUCUUCACCUUCUUCGCCACCAACUGCAUCAAAAGAGCCGACCUUUGAAGGCAUCAAACCUCCUCAUUACACUUACAGCAUGGAAGGUCAGCGAGACAAGGACAAAGGUGUCCAGAGUUGUGGACCACCCACUGUCACUGAGAAAUUAGCCCAGCUUAUAGCAACCUGCCCACCGUCAAAGACUCCUAAGCCAACUAAACCCACAAAAACAGAUCCAAAUCCUCCUCUUCCAAGCUCAGGCUUCAUGGCUCCGACAGCCAAGCAGCGAGACAGGGCAAUGGCUAAUAGGAACACAUAUUCAAGACUAAUGCACCUUUCGCCUCCACCGCCGGUGUCCAGACCUCCUGGUCGGCCUUAUGGCUCCAGGAACAGAGAUGGCGUCCCAGAAAAUUCACCCACCCUUAUGCAGUUGAGGAAGGAGGACUCAGAUGGGGCUGGGAAAGCUAUUGUUACCAACAUCAACAACAGUAUUGCUAUAGGCAACAGCAGAAGUCGCAGUAGCAGCCCUGCAUUCACUCACAGCCGCCCCACAGUCUUAUCUAAGGAUACUAACUACGACGGCAGCAACAGCUCUAGUGGUCUAUCCAAGUCACUGUCACGUGGCACUCACAGCUUGCCAUCUUCUCCAUCUUGCCUAGUUUCUUCAUCUUCCUCCUCCAUCUCAGCUGAACAGAGGACAGUGACUGCAGUAAGUCACCUGGGCUCCCCUGCUCCCUCACAAGGACACCACACUCAGGAGGCCCUGGCCCUGGCAGAGGAAAGUAGGGCAGGUGAGAGGGAGCAGGGCAGCGACAGCCCCAGAGACCUAAACAAGUGCCCUCCUACAGCAAGAAUAGGAAAACCAGAGGGAAAAGAUAAAGUGGGAAGUAAUCAAUCACUGCAUGUGGAGAGGGGGAGAAGCUCCAGUCCCAAAAAACGCAGUCCUAACAGGGAUAGUAGCCAACCGAGGCGAACCGCCAGUCCUCCUGAACCCAAUAGACAAAGGAUGCCUUCAGCAUCUGAGCCAGAUGACGAAGAAAGCCCACCAACGCCCCAUAGAGACGAUUCACCCGAUUCAUCCCUGGACUCGCCAGAUGAGCAGGAUAGUAAACCCCUAAAAAAACGCAGGGGAAGAAAACCUCGCUGGGUUAUGAACAAGCCACAGACUCUUCUAGCAAGUCAGGAUGGUCUCUUCAAUGAGAACAAAACCAGCAUGUCUUUGUCUUCAAGUUUAGAAACGCUAUCUCCACCGGUAAAAAGACCAGUAGGAAGACCACCAAACCCGAAUAAGGUCAAACCAAGCCUCGUGCCACACAGUUCAAUGUUGCAGCUGUUUCCACCCCAACCUAAGAAAAGGGGACGGCCAAAGUUCAAAAUGCCAAGACUCGAUGCCCCAGCUCCUGGGAACCCCUCUUAUAAGCUGGCCUCUUCCAAGGUCUUUUCAUCUCUUCUGAAGUCCAAAGAAGAGCAGGACCCGCCUGUUCUUCACCCAGAGGUAGACCUAAACCCUCCCAAGCCUAUACCUAGAAAACGUGGACGUCCCAAACGCCUCCCUCCGACCUUACCCCAAGAGGGUCAGCCUCCCACAUUGGCUCCUGAGGCAGGAGACAUGGGAGACAAGCGGUUCUGUAGCAAAGGAAACGGGCAGCUCAUUAUGAAAACAAUUAUCGGCAAAAUCAAUAAGAUGAAAAGCGUGAAGCGGAAGCGUAUUCUGAAUCAAAUCCUGUUGGGUCCAAGAACAGAGGAAACUCCUAAAAACAGCACUGUCGGAAUGGUUAACUCUACAGAAGCUACUACCCAGUCCUUGUCCUCCCUGGCUGCUUCUUUUGGGGGAAAAUUAGGACCGCAAAUUAACGUUAGUAAAAAGGGAACAAUAUACAUGGGUAAGAGAAGAGGGCGUAAACCAAAAUCUGUAUCCAGUCUCACUGCCUCGUCACCAGAACCCUUCCUGUCUCCGAACACCACUUCUCCUCUACAUCACCACUCUCAGUCCCAGCAGCACCAACUGUCCUCUGAGGUGUUUCCCUCGCCCUCUCUGUCGCAGUCUAGUGGCGGCCACAGCCCCAUCAGUGAUGCCAGCUUUGUGGAACCCAGCUCGGUGCACUUUUCCCACUAUUCUAGCUCCCAUCAUAACCACAGCUCAUUUUCCUUCCCUCCCCCAAUUUUUUCAGUCCCCAGUAAAGUCUUGGGCUCCACGUCGUCCACAGUAGCUUCCCAGAAAAAGUCUUCUUGCCGUGGGUACCCUCAUCAUCAUCAUUACAGGCAGCAGUUUCAUUAUCAUAAGCUUUCUCCUCCCAGGCCGCUCCACCCAACCUCCCCUGCUCCUCUCAGCGAGCUAAAGGAAGCCACUCCUUCACCAGUCAGUGAGUCGCACAGUGAGGAGACGGUGCCCAGCGACAGCGGCAUAGGAACAGACAACAACAGCACAUCUGACCGAGGAGAGAAAGCCGGAGGGACAGCAGGCUUGGGCGGAAUCGCUUUGCCAGCAGCAAUGGGUGGUGGGUUGUUAAUGCCCGGUGUAAUGAGCUCAGCAAUGGCCCCGGGAAUGGGCCUAAACUCCAGAGGCAGGCGCCGCCACUCCGCCGUGCUCAUAGAGCACCCCUCACCAUCUCCUUCGCCCCAUGGAACGAGGUCUUCACCUGAUCCCAGGAGGCCGCAUCCGGUGGCUCCCACCUCAACGUUGUUGGGACACAAGGAAAAGCACAAGCACAAGUGCAAACGCCGCAACCACGGAUGCCCGGGCUAUGACAAGAUGAAGAGACAGAAGAGGAAACGAAAGAAGAAGUACUUGCAGCUGCGGUCCCGACGGCUUGACCCCGACUUUCUGGCCGAGUUGGACGAGAUCGUCGUGAUGCUGAGUGAGAUACGGAUAUCACACCGUUCCACAGGGCACCGCCUUGGCAGUGGGAUCAGCAUGGUGGCAGGAACUAGUCGGAUGCCAGGGCUGGGGAGUAGAGCUGCUGGCGGAAUCGGGGGACCUAGCGGCCCCCCUCCUCAUCAUUACGUUCACAGGGACCUCCUCCCCACAAUCUUCAGGGUUAACUUUGGCAGGUUUUACUCUCACCCCGCGUACUCCUGUGACCCUUUGCACUAUGUCCGUAAACCAGACAUGAAGAAGAAACGCGGACGGCCUCCAAAGUUAAGAGAAUCCAUGUCUGAGGUCCCUUUUGUCCCCGGCCUUGGAUUCCCUCUCUCUAGUGGAGGUUUCUACCACCCCUCCUACGGUGUCCCCUACUCCUCAGGGCCCCUGGGGUUGGGCUAUUACAGAGGCUUUCCUCCUGCAAACGCCCUAUAUCCUCACCCCCACCACCAGUCGCCUCACACUGCUCCUUCUCACCACUCCCACCACUCACCAUCUUUUCCUCCCCCUCCACCCACAUCCUACAUGCACCAUCACCACCCCUCGCAUCUCCUCCUAAACCCCUCAAAGUUCCACAAGAAGAAGCAUAAGCUGCUCAGGCAGGAGUACCUGGGCGGAGGGAGGCCCCCCGUCCUGUUCCCACCCAUGUCCUCCGAGCUGUCCUUCAACUGGCAUCACAAACACAAACACAGGCACAAACACAGAGAGCGGUGCUCUGAGGAAGACCGGGAGGAAGUGCUAAGGAGCGGAUCCGCGAGCCGGGUCAGCGCAGGUCUUUCUGACAAAGGAGCUACUAGCAAAGGAGAGCGAGUCGGAGGUCUAGGAAUGACCGAGUCGUUACAAAGAUGCAGGUUUGGAAGAGAUACCUCAGGCACCACUACGAGUAAACAAGCUUCUGCCAACUCCCCCUCCUCCUCCUCAUCCUCAUCUGCAGAAAGAUAUAAACGCAAGGAGAGCUCCAUGUCCUGUCUAGGACCGUCUAGAUUAACGCUGGACAACAGCUCAAAGGGCCAUCAUGGCGUUGCAUCCUGGUUUCGGAUGGGCAGCACGGAAGCAGACUACUCUAAGCUUUCACGGAGUCAGAUGGCCGUCGGCCAGGGCUCGUUCUCAGAUGGACGAGCAGGAGAGCCUGCAGGCUGCUCAGACAGCGAGGAUGAAGAGCCUCUCACUCCCACAGAGGAUGUAGAAGCUCAUGAUUCUCCUAAUCUGACAAAUCUGUUUGCCUCAGCUCUGACACGGACUUCGCUGAAGGGAGGAAGGAGCAGAAAGAGUGAGAUAGUUACAGAAAGCUCCAGCUUUUCUCACCUGGAUCGUCCAAUGAGAAAGGACCGUUCAACAUCGGCUGAAAGGAGAGAUUUAGGGGCAUCAGUUCAGUCCAGAGGUGUUGCUUUGGCGACUUCCGACGGAUCUGAGGGAUCUCUGCACAGCCGGCAGCAGCUCCACCACCAGUCCUCUCUCUUUCACUCCCACGUCUCUCCGGGUUCUUCCUGCCUGUCUCCCUCCCAGGACUUCUGCCUGGACGCCUCCCUUUCCCACUGCUCCCAUCGGGUUCAGACGUCUAAGCACAGCCUGCAUCAUGUCAACAAAAUCCUGCGUGCCAAAAAGCUGCAGAGACAGGCUCGAACAGGUAACAACGUGGUGAAGAAGAGGGGCCCGGGCCGCCCUAGGAAAUACCCGCUGCCCUCCCCUCCUCCUUCUCCGCCCCCUGAGGUGGAGUUAACUCAGACAGUGCACAGGGACGGUGGGGUGGAGCGGCUAGCCGGUCAGAGAGGAUGGGAGGAGGAUACUGUUACAGAUGCUAUUGAGUCCGUGGUCCAGGGACAGCAUAGAAAAGGUCAGAAGAGGGCACAUGUGGAGGCCGAGGGGGAUGAAGAAGAGGAAGAGCAAGCUGAAGAAGACCCGGAGGCAGAGGAAGUCGAGGAGCAAUUGCCUGACAGAGAGGAGAGCCAGACGAACCUGCCGCAAAGAUCCAGAACCGGGACAGGAAGAAGCUGGCCUGCAGAGGAGGAACUUCAGUACAUUCAGGGUUCCACAGAAAGCAAGCCAGAUGGUCAGUGCUCCACAGAACUCUCAGGCGCCGUCUCCAAGGAGCAGGCUGCACCCAUCAGCAGCCAGCGAGAGAAGAAAGCGGCCCGACUUCCAAAGAAGAAGUUCCAGAAAGCAGGACUGUAUUCUGAUGUGUACAAGACUGAGGACCCUCGCAGUCAGCUUUUGCAGCUAAAAAAGGAGAAGCUGGAAUACAUACCUGGAGAGCAUGAAUAUGGAUUGUUUCCUGCUCCAAUACAUGUUGGGAAGUACCUGAGACAAAAGAGGAUUGAUUUCCAGUUGCCUUAUGACAUCUUAUGGUUGUGGAAACAUGAUCAGCUUUACAAGAGACCCGAUGUCCCUCUUUACAAAAAGAUCAGAUCAAAUGUGUAUGUAGAUGUGAAGCCUCUCUAUGGGUACGAAAUGACUACUUGCAACUGCAGAGCUCCAGAGACGUCAACGGAAAAAGGAUGCCUGGAUGAUUGCUUGAAUAGGAUGAGCUUUGCAGAGUGCUCCCCCAGUGCCUGUCCUUGCAGCGAUCAGUGUGACAACCAGCACAUCCAGAGACACGAGUGGGUCCAGUGUCUGGAGCGUUUCCGUGCCGAGGGAAAAGGCUGGGGAAUCCGCACUAAAGAGUCUCUCCGAGCCGGUCAGUUCAUCAUCGAAUACCUGGGGGAAGUGGUCAGUGAGCAGGAGUUCAGGAACCGAAUGAUGGAGCAAUACCACAACGGCCACUACUGUUUGAACCUUGACAGCGGGAUGGUGAUUGACAGUUUCCAUAUGGGCAAUGAGGCACGCUUCAUAAACCACAGCUGUGAACCCAACUGUGAGAUGCAGAAGUGGUCGGUGAACGGGGUUUACAGAAUCGGUCUCUUUGCUCUGAAGGACAUCCACAGCGGCACUGAACUCACCUACGACUACAACUUCCAUUCCUUCAACACUGAGGAACAGCAAGUCUGCAAGUGCGGCUCGGAGAGCUGCCGGGGCAUCAUCGGAGGGAAGAGCCAGCGCAUCAACGGCCUCCCGGGAAAAACAGGAGGCGCUAGGAGACUGGGCCGACUCAAGGAGAAGAGGAAGUCAAAACACCAACUCAAAAAGAGAGAGGAAGAGUCCAGUGACAGCAACAAGUUUUAUCCACAUCUCAUGAAGCCCAUGUCUAACAGAGAGAGAAACUUUGUGCUGAAGCACAGCGUGUUUCUCCUGCGAAACUGGGAGAAGAUGAGAGAGAAACAAGAGCUUCAGAAGAGAGAGGGAGAAAGAGAACGGGAUCCCAGCAGCAUCUCGAUGUACGCUCGCUGGGGAGGUGUUAUCCGAGACGAUGGCAACAUCAAGUCAGAUGUGUUCCUGACCCAGUUCUCAGCUCUGCAGACGUCGCGGUCGGUUCGGACUCGGAGACUCGCUGCCGCUGAAGAAAACACAGAAGUGACGCGCACCGCGCGUCUGGCGCACAUCUUCAAAGAGAUCUGUGACAUGAUCACCAGCUACAAAGACUCAUCGGGACAAAUCCUUGCUGCUCCGCUGGUGAACCUGCCAUCCAGGAAGAGGAACAGCCAGUACUAUGAGAAGGUGUCCGACCCUCUGGACCUGAGCACCAUCGAGAAGCAAAUCCUCACCGGCCAUUAUAAGACGGUGGAAGCGUUCGACACAGACAUGCUCAAAGUGUUUCGCAACGCUGAGAAAUAUUACGGCAGGAAGUCCUCGGUGGGCCGGGAUGUGUGCCGGCUGAGGAAAGCUUACUACAGCGCCCGGAACGAAGCCGCCGUCCAGAUCGACGAGAUCGUGGGCGAGACCGCCAGCGAGGCCGACAGCUCGGACUCGCUGGAGCGCGACCACGUUCACCAUCACGGAGGGGGGUCAGGGUCGCAUGACAAGGACGACGACGUCAUCCGUUGCAUCUGCGGGAUGUACAAAGAUGAAGGAGUGAUGAUCCAAUGUGAAAAGUGCAUGGUGUGGCAGCAUUGUGAUUGCAUGCGUCUGGAGACCGAAGUGGAGCACUACCUGUGUGAGCAGUGUGACCCUCGACCUGUAGACAGAGAGGUUCCCAUGAUCCCCCAGCCCAGCUAUGCUCAGGCUGGCUCCAUCUACUACAUAUGUCUCCUUAGAGAUGACCUGCUGUUACACCAAGGUGACUGUGUGUACCUGAUGAGAGACAGCCGGCGCAGUCCUGAAGGCCAACCCGUCCGGCAGUCUUACCGUCUUCUGUCCCACAUCAACCGAGAGAAACUCGACAUCUUCCGGAUCGAGAAACUGUGGAAGAACGAAAAGGGCGAGCGCUUUGCUUUUGGUCAUCACUACUUCCGUCCACAUGAGACGCACCAUUCCCCGUCGCGGCGUUUCUAUCAGAAUGAAUUGUUCCGCAUGCCGCUGUACGAGAUCAUCCCCCUGGAGGCGGUGGUGGCGACAUGCUGUGUCCUCGAUCUUUACACCUACUGCAAAGGCAGGCCAAAAGGCGUGAAGGACCAAGAUGUGUACAUCUGCGAUUAUCGCCUGGACAAAUCAGCCCACCUGUUCUACAAGAUCCAUCGGAACCGCUACCCCGUCUGCACCAAGCCGUACGCCUUCAACCACUUCCCCAAGCGGCUCGCGCCCAAAAGAGACUUCUCGCCUCAUUAUGUUCCUGACAACUAUAAGAGGAACGGAGGCCGGUCUGCCUGGAAAAGCGAACGAACCAAAGAAGCGGCUGGCUGCGAGGACGACGGCUCCUCCUGCGACCGCGGCGACGACUUCCCCCACAGGGCCGAGGACGGACGGUCGGUAGAGGACGACAUGGACAUGGUGCCGGAGGAACCUGAACACAUUCCAGCCAAACCAAGACAAAAGGAAAGGGCGAGACCAGGAGGUGAGGAGGAAGAUGAGGAGGAGGAGGAAGGGCUGGAGGCCGGGGUGCGGAAAGAGAUCGGGGAGAGUUCUGAAGACCGGAUAGGGGAGAUGCUCGAACUCCCUUUGUCUUCGGCCUCCUCGCCUCUCCACCACCCGGCGCUGAGCCGGAGGGAGGCUCAAAGGGAACGGCUCAACAAGAUUCUACUGGACCUGCUGCACAGAGCGCCCAGCAAGAACGGUGAGGGACCGGGAGCAAAGCAGGGGGCUAUUGAUGUCACCUAUCUCCUCGAGGAAGGAGCAGGACGGCGGUUACGGCGAAGGACGCUCGGAUUUGCAGAUUUUGUCGUCAGAAAGUAACAAUUUUGACGUGCCUGUUAAACGCACGCCACCUUUCGCUGCUGUGAAAAGAAGCCAGGUAGCGAAGAGACGGCAAAGAAGGGAAAUUGAGCAUUGUUGCCUAUCUUACCUUUAUGGAUCACAAAGCAUCCAGCGGUGUUGCAUCUUCAGAGUUGACCUCUUCCAAGACAGUGACCUCAGCUCUGAGACGGUGGAUGAGGUGCAGAAGUUCUGACUUGAAGGAAGUUCCACCUUAAAGUGGAGAACCGGCCCGGUCUUCUUAUUUAAGUAUAUCAUGCAAAACUUUUUAGUUUAUUUUAUUGAACAUAGGAAAAACAACCCAUGCACUUAAAUGCAUCGAACAUUAGAAAUCAUGGGUUGAUGGAUAUUGCUUGCCAGCAUUGGAAAACAAAACGGUUGGUACUGAACAGAGGGACAGGAAGCGUUUUUUUCAUAAAUUUCCUCGCGAAUCCUGAAUUAUUGUUCUUCGUCAUGAGUUCUCGCUGCAAUGAUGAAAAUGUAAAAGAUGAGAGAGAAAACUGGCUUAUAGGAGAACAUGUAAAGUUGAGCGGUGUGCUCUGAUGCUGCGCUUUAGAAAGAGAGAACAAGGGUGGAAAACUGCACUUUUGGUACCUUGGAUAUUGUGAAGCCCUGUGUAAUGUAUCCGCCAUGAAAAUACACUAGCACUCUCACAGUAUUGUCUGCAACCUGACAAAAGCAAGUUUAAAAACAUAGAUUUUUCUUUUCCUGUUUUAAUUUUUUUCCUCAAAGUAGCUCAUUUAGAAGCAGAAGAGACCUGUGGCGUGGCUUUAGAAUUGAGUUUGCGCUUAUGUCAAAGUGUCUUGUUAUUAUUUUUAACUCAGCCGUGAGGCAGUCAGCUUCGCCGCGUCCCCUGUUCCUUUUAUUUUUUAAGAAGCAAAACGAUUCACCAGCUUAAAUCGGGCAGCGACGGGAGGAGGGAGGGCGCCGGCUUUAACUAACGCCUUACACAGCCGCCACCGUCUCCCACUGCCUUGUGUGCAAGAGUGUGUGUCUGCCAGAUUUUGUGAAAUUAUACCUUUUCAAAAAGAAAACGUGAAAAAAAAAAAAAUUAAGGGCUCGAUGGCAAUUAACAGUUUUAAGAAAACAAUACUUAACAUGAAAUGUAUCGUGAUGGUCAUAUUUUCUUAUAUUCUGUGAGAUGGGCGGGGCAGUGGAUACUGUAUAUUUGGAGCAAGGAAUGACUUGCAACUUUUUUUUUUUUUUGUCUUUGGACUGAUUGCCAUGGAGAAUGUUUGUUUAAAAAAAAAAAAAAAGACGACGUAUUUGAUGUGAUUUCCUUUUUCCCUGCAAUGUCCCGGUGCGGCAAGCUGAAAGAAAUGAUGAGAACAGGAAGGAGGAAGAGAACAGGAAGCUGUACAGUGCCAAGUUGUGUAAAUAUACACUCUUUACAUUAAGAAGUGUCUCCAAAAGCAAUAUCUUGAAAAUGGAUUUCGUUUAUUAUUGUACUGUACAGGACUCAGCCCUAAAUGUAUUAUUAUUAUUGUUAUUAUUAUAUUAUUAUUAUAAUUUCUUCAGUAUGUAUUACUAUAAUGACACUUAAGCUCUGAGGAAUAUGUUUUUUUGUAAUGUCCAGAAAUUCUCACCAUAACAGUCCUGAUGACCUGAAAUUUAAGCUGAGUUGUUUGGUUUUUUUUGCCUAUAAAUUAAGUCCACCUGUAAAGUGCAUGAGCAAGAAUGUCAGAAGGCGUAGGGAUGCGACAGUGACUCUGCAACGACACCUUUCGUCACUGAAUUUUGUUAAUAAUAUAACUUUUUUAAGGAGGAAUCUUCUCCUUGUUUUUUUGCUGCAAAGUGUUGAACACUAAAAAAACAAACCAACAUAAAAAUGUUAAGAUAUUUUUAAACACUGACAGGAAAACAAAAAGAAAAGCUGUCAGAAACGAUAUCAUGCUAUUAUAAAUAUAUAUAAAUAUAUAUAAAUAUAUUUUUUGUUUUUCUUUCAAAUAGGAAAACGGUUCCGUUUUGUGAUAGCGGUCAUUGUAUGAUGCUUGUACUUGUAUUUGUGUGUUUUGUGUGAUCCGUUUAGUUAUUUUUAGACAAUCACAAAAUAAGAUGCAAGCAUUGUAAAUGGCAGACUGACGGACAUUUUGUGAUGUGUACAGUUUGUCAAAACAACAAAAAAAAAAAAGAGAAAAAACUUCUUCCACUCGUUCAAAGUUUGUAAUUA